GUUUUAUUAAAUCAAUUCAAUAAAUGUUAUUCAAUAAACGAUAAGAAUUGUUCCAGGUUAGACAAAUACUUUGUGCGAAUACGUAUGCAAUGAUCUCAGCGCCAAACGGUAAAAUAUACAAUCAUAAUCGAUAUAAUUUCUCGCAAUCGAUCUAGAAUAUAGGAAUAUAACGUUAGUUUUAAGCGGGAAGCCAAAGGAAGAAGAAGCAUCACUUAUAAAUUUUCAGUCAAUGGUGAGACAUAAAAAGACAUUGAAUGUUUGUACUAUUUUGUACCUUGUCUGCUUGUACCAUCACUGCACUGUACUGCCAUCUAAACGUAACUGGAGAAUGAACAUUGCAACACUCGAUGCGGCCAAUGGAAAGAAACGGAAAUGUUUGAAAGAAGCCUUUAGAGUGUGUGGGCUGGCAGAUAGGAGUACCGGAAAGGCGGGUUCCACCGGAAGUCACGGAGGUUCAAACGUAACAUUACGAUCACGAAACAACAAAAAAUGUUAGAAAAAUUGGAGAACCGUAACCGGAUGGAACAUCUGGCUGUUCAAAGCUUGACAAAGUGUAUCACGGUAUCAGGAGAAUAGCAGAGGCUCGAUUCUGAAAACAAGAAGCGUCCAAUAAACAAACCGGGCGUACUUAAGCGAGCUGGAUAAAAGUGCG